CAUUCGCUGUCAUCCGAGCUCAGAGCCGUGUGGGCAGCCGCGGGCUAUAUAAGCCGCGAGCCUGGCCGCCGCGGGGCAGACGGCGACAGCAGCGGCGGCGAGCGCCUCGGAGCGCGGCGGAACAGCGCCCCCCGAGCCCCGUGCCCCCCGACGGGUCCUCCCGCCCGCCCUCCCGAGGAGCGCCGGCCCGGGCCCGCGAGGGCCGCCGCCACCCCGCAGCAGAUUUGGAUCCCCCGCCCGGCGAGCCCCCGGCUGCUGCCUCCCGGGGGGCCCCGGCGCAGCGGCCGCCCCCGGAGAGCCCCGGCGCCCCGCCGCCCGGCCCCGCAGACGCCGGAGGCGCCAUGGCCGCCAAGCCCGGCGAGCUGAUGGGCAUCUGCUCCAGUUACCAGGCGGUGAUGCCGCACUUCGUGUGCCUGGCCGACGAGUUCCCGCAGCCCGUGCGGCCCGCCAAGCUGUCCAAGGGCCGGGGCCGGCUGCGGCGGCCGCGCCAGUCUCGCUUCAAGACGCAGCCGGUGACCUUCGACGAGAUCCAGGAGGUGGAGGAGGAGGGGGUGUCCCCCAUGGAGGAGGAGAAGGCCAAGAAGUCGUUCCUGCAGAGCCUGGAGUGCCUGCGCCGCAGCACGCAGAGCCUGUCGCUGCAGCGGGAGCAGCUCAGCAGCUGCAAACUGAGGAACAGCCUGGACUCCAGCGACUCCGACUCGGCCCUGUAAGGGGCGCCGCCCGCGGGGGGGACGCGCGCGCCCGCGGUCCGCGCGGGGACCGGCGUGUGAACCCCGAGAGUGCCCGCGCCCUGCUCCCGGGGGACCCGCAAGGACCCGGGACCGCCGCUCCUCGCGCGCUCGGACUCCCGCCCCGCUGCGAACCGGUCGGUGCGCCCCUCGCCGCGCUCGCCCUGGCCCGGGAGCGCCGGGAGCGGGGCCGCUUUCCUCGUCCUUGUAAAUGUUUAUUUUUUAACUCUUCCCAGUGCGAACUCUGCUGUGAGUGUGUGCGGGGAGGCGCGCCCGCGCUGAGUCGGCGGCGGGUCGCCACUCCAUGCCCUUGUCCGAUGGUUUGCAACUCCGAUUUUGCACACCGCUCCACCGUGCCCCCCAGCGCACACCCGUUCACACUCACGCCAACACUCUCGCUGAACACUUUUAUAAUUGUUAGGCGUGGCCGUUGGGACUUUGGGCGCAGCGCAGCUGCUACUGCGUCUGGAGGAUUGAUAUUUAUUUUUGCAUUGCGAUGGCUGAAGGCAUUUAUUUAACGAUCUUUUUACCUGGAUAUGUCUGUGAGGCUCCUGAAGGGAGACAAAUAAAGUCAAUAUAUUUGCACAGUG